UCACGGAAGUCUAGCCAAAGGCGGCAGUGAUGAGAAAUUUGAAAUUUGGGGGGUAGCGAGCUACCUGCUAGCCUACACCUCGGGUUAAUAAUAAUCUGUUCGGUUUUCCCCAAAAGCCAUGGCGUCGUAUCAUCACUUAUUACAACACACAAAACCUCGGUUUGAAUCUCCCGCCAAGGUGUUUGCGAAGCUAAAAUCCAAAGUGCAGCGAGAAGCUAUGUGCGCGAAGGAUCCGCUGUGUAACGUUACAGAGGGACAUUUAGCAGAUGCUAACUCGCCCAGGAAGAGAGCAGAGAGCUUCUGGGUGACCGAUGAGCACAAGGAAAAUCCGAGGUUUGGUUCUUAUCGCAAUGACGUGCGGGCUUUGACCCUCUCGCCCAUAUCGACUCCUCAGAAAACCUUCGGGUACGCAUUUUCAGACACUCGCACGCCUGUGGAGGAAGUGCCUCCUGUCACCGAAAUGGGACAUGUUUUUAUAUCAAGCAAUGGACACACACCAACAAAGAGAGCUUUCCUGGAGUCAACAGCGGUGUCCCACCCCCUCUCUCUGGUCAACAGAGAGCGGAUCCACACAGAACCACCUCAUAUCAGAGACUUGGAGGGUUUCAAGGCGGCCAGCAGGACUCCAGUAAAGAUACAACCAGUAGUAAAUGACUGUUUAGGGGUUGUGUUCGAGGAGGAUCGCGCUCCUCUCGACAAACCGAUGUCUCCAGCCAAGAUGUUUUCCCCCAUGAAGAAGAGGUUGAGGAAGAGAAAAUGGGAGCAGCAGGAGAUCAACAAAGUCAGCAGCAGUACAAAGGAGGUCAACAAUGUAGUUAGCAGUCAGCAACAAGAAAGGAAAACCUCCCCUGCUUUCAGUGAGGAUUUGGCUGAUGUUAGGUGGUUUCCUGCUGACCCGUCUGAGAUGAACCAGUUGAGUCAUGAACUCGUGUUCCCACCAGUGAGAACCACUGCAGAGAAACGUUGCUGUGUUGUUAUGGAAAAAUUUCCUCCCAUGUCUCCAGCCAAGAUGUUUGCUUACAUGAAGGAGAGGGAAAGUAAAAAGGAGCAGCAGAAGGUUCAUGAAGUCAUCAGCAGCACAAGGGAACUCCUCGAUCGGGGUAAUAGUUUCCAUCAGGCCACAGACACGCCUCUCUCCACUCCUCACAAUAUGGCUGAAAUGGAGGACACUGCCUCGAGAAGCGUUCCAGAAAGUGCGGUUCCUGUCAACGGCAUCAGAGUAGAGUCCGCUGCCUGCCGAUCAGAUCCCUCUGAGGAUGUCCUGAUCACUGCUGCCCCGUCCCAGGCGGUUUUGUUCCAAGACCCACUUGUGCUCAAUUCACCACAGAUCUCCAUCCCGAAGAAACACCAGGCUGUGUUCAAGUGCAAACAAUGGCCCCAGCGCACCAAGUUCCCGAAUGAGAGUGUCAUUUAUCUCAAGAAUUGGUUCUUGAGGAAAAAUCAUAAGGGCCUGUUUGUUGAUGGAAUCCACAGGGAGGACAACAUACCUUGGAACAGUAACAUCAUUGUGAAAAGGGUUUCUAAUUCUGUGCUGAAGACUGUCUCCGGCAGGGUUUACAUCUUGGUUGGCAAGAUGAACUUGGACGUCGACUCUGGGUUUCCCAGUUGGCUUUUGAAGAAGUUUGUUAAUGGUUUUCCUCCAAACUGGAUGGCGCUUUAUGAGAAGUUUCUGUCAGAGUCAAGAGACGACCCCAGCAGAGAAACAGAGAGGACCAGUGAAGGGAGAGGAGUCCUAGCCCAGACAAAAUCCGAGGCAUCCUCCAUCAACCUUUCUGUAAAGCGGCACAGGCAAAAGCCUUUCAAAACACCUGAUUCCUGUCCUCCCACCUUCUCCUCGUCAACAAAAGUCUCUCGAAGUGGUCGGGUGAUCAAGCCACCUCUGGAGUAUUGGAAAGGAGGGAGAGUCAUCCUGGAUGCACACAUGAAUGUUACCAUCCAUGAAUGUUACGAUACCUCCAUCUGCAUCCCUGAGGUCACUACAACAGUGUCUGCGAGGAAGUCACAGAAACCGGCCCGUGUGUUCCUGCCCUGCAGUGAGGGCCGCAAACAAAGUGAAUCAGCCAGCAAUGAAGAGGCGCCAGUACCACUGAGGAAGGUUAAGGCUCCACUCCGCAAACACAACCGAGCCAAGGUCAAACAUGAUGAGAAUCCCCCUGAACCUCCUGUGGAGACACUUAGCAGUCCCGAGGAGUGGUCUGGCAGAACAGUAAGGUCCAGUAAAAGGUGUCCAGCUAUGGAAAGAAUGCUGUAUGUGGACACUGUCCCUCAAAAGCAAAAAGAGCCCGAAAAGGCUUCAACACAGAGGUCCAAAAAACAGACACAUGACACCAACAGGCAUUCAGAGAGAGGGCGCAAACAGACUGUUACAGCAUCCCCAGAAUCUCUCACCGUUAAUGAUAAAGCAUUACAGCAACAGUCAUCAGAUGAGGAGUUUUCCAUCAAGAGAAAGAAGCAGGGGAAAAGAAUGUACAGGAAGGGGGGCGGCAAGGUUCUUAACAAGUCACAGCCAAGCCACGUGUCUCCGUCGAGUCAGUCACCUGAGUCCUCUGAGGAGAGCGGGAUGGAACUGAGGAAGAGAACCAGACUAACAAAAAAUAGUCAUGCAGCACAAACACUGACAAAACAUAAGCAGAGCAAAUGCACCAAAAUUUCACCACCUGCAAAGCCUUUGCCUAAAUCGACACAAUCCAGCAAGACACACAAGGCAUACAAAGGCAGCAGAAUCAUUCCACAAGAGCUACAUGCAGACGAGUGGACUGAGAUGGAGCUCAUGAAGUUGCAAGAGGCUGUGUCCUACUAUCCUAAGCACAUGGCUGGUUACUGGGCAAAGGUGGCGAGGAUUGUGGGAACACGUUCUGCAGAAGAGUGCCACAGCCAGCACACUUCCCGGGGAACAUCACAGACUCCUGCUAACAGAGCCAGGAAACCCAGAAAGGAAAAGGUGGAAGCACCAAAAGAUCCAGUUGUAGAUCAUCCCGUAAUAUCUGCCCGAGUGGGAACCUUAAAGAGAAAGCAGCAGGUGCGUCAGUUCCUGGAGGCCAUGCCCAGAAAAGACGCUGACGACGUUUUCAGCUCUGCGUACAUGCAGAAUAAACGCUUUGAGAUCCCCUCCAUGUGUCUGAGUGAAGACCACAACCUUGCAGUGUCAGACCUGGAGCCCCUGACCCCCAUGUCGAAGGUUUUCCCUGAAGUGAAGACUCCUCAGUGUCUGCAUAUCACUCCUGGCAUGGUGGGCUCUCCAAACAGGAACGAUUUAGACAAGUACGUCUAUCAGCUCCAGAAGAGGAUGAAAAAAAAUCAGUUCAAUGUCUGCAAACAGGCUCGUUCUUCAAAGCGCUUUACACCCACGCCAUCAGUUAAACGAUCAAUGAGAAGAUGUGGUAACACAGAAAAUGACACAUUUGUUGUUUGGGAGAUGUUCCCGGGAAACGACAGAGCAUUGUCUGGAAGCGGAGAGGAAGAGGAUUUUUACUUCUCAGACAACGACUGAUUGGGAUCAGAGCUGAGCUGUCAUAUCAUUAUAAACAAUCUGAAAUGAAUCACAUGAAUUAAAAUCAAUGGAACAGAGGAGAGAUGUCAUUUUGUCCUUGUUUAACUCAUCAAAUGUGAACAAUAAAAACAGUUACAGUUUUGCCCUCCUUGUCUUUCACAUGUAAAAAUAUGAGGGAUUUUUUUUUCUUUUAAAUAUGAAACUCAGGAUUUGAUCACAUCAGUGUGAAACAAUUGGCCAGAUUAACUGAUCUGAAGCUUUUAAACAUGACCUGUAAUGCAGAGUCAGUUGUAGCGAUUCUUUUAAUAAACGUUCUUUAAUUCUUAGUUAUGGUUUAUGUGUGUAUAUUACAUAAUUAGGGAGAAACAAUUAUCUAUGGAAGUGGUCCACGACCUUUUAGGCUUGUGACCUUUUCAAAAUAAAGUAGUGUCUACUGAUGAUGAGAUGGUUAAAUUUGAAUGAUUUUUUUAGAUCAUGAAGAA